UUACGAAACUUCGCGAUGAAUUCCGUAAACGAACGAACGUCGAGCGCCAAAACCGACGCGGAAAACACCGAGAACCGACGUACGUCUCAACUAUCGGUGUUUCGAAAGUUUGCCAGGAGAAAAUCGCACGGGGAGAUUCAGGUAUGUGGCAGCGCUUCGAGUUCGAGCGGGUCCGUGUGGACGGACGACAUCAAAGACCACCACAGCAGAUCGAGAAGCGUUUCGCCGAUUUCCGGGUCCACUUCCGAGUCCGAUACCGACACCCAGCCCCGAUCCUACACGUCGGUCGAGAACCUCAAGAGGAUAUUUCAAAAUUUGAACAUCUACAGGCGAUCGCAGAACUGUAACAGCGGGAAAGAGCUGGACAAGAAGGCCGGCAAAAAGUCGAAACCGAAAAGUAUCCUACGGCCGCCAGUGACGUACAUAUACGUGAAGGGACUUUCCGGGUUGCCUACGCAGAGGAUACCGAAACGGAGAGGGGCCUCGCACGGCUGCAACUGCAGCAUGCACUACCUGACCAACUUGAAUCACCUCUAGAGUGAAAGUGUCGUUUUUUUUUUUCCAAACGGCGAUACGUUCCUUCGAUUUGUACCGGACUGAGUGUCGAGAAACUCAGCAAAAAGUGUUUGCCGUAUAGUAGUUCGCCCCUUUCUGAAGCCCAUAUUUAUAUAUUUAUAUGUAUAUAUAUGUAUACUUUUUGGAGAGGUGUCUUUGCUGUGUAACGAAACACGUUAAGUACUUGUG